GUCCUCCUGGUUUUCCUGGUCCUCAAGGCUCAUCUGGACUACCUGUGAGUUUACUAUAUAUACUAUACCAACACUACACCUAUACUACACCAAUACUACACAUAUAGUACACCUAUACUACACAUAAUAUACACCUAUACUACACAUAUACUACACCUAUACUACACUAAUACUACACAUACGGUAUACUACACCUAUACUACACCUACCUAUACUACACCUAUACUACACCUAUACUGCACCUAUACUACACCUAUACUACACCUAUACUACACCUAUACUGCACCUAUACUACACCUAUACUACACCUAUACUGCACCUAUACUACACCUAUACUGCACCUAUACUACACCUAUACUGCACCUAUACUACACCUAUAAGACACCUACCAAUACUACACCUAAACUACACCUAUACUGCACCUAUACUACACCUAUACUGCACCUAUACUACACCUAUAAGACACCUACCAAUACUACACCUAAACUACACCUAUACUGCACCUAUACUGCACCAAUACCACACCUAUACUACACCUAUACUACACCUAUACUACACCUACCAAUACUACACCUAUACUACAACAAUACUACACCUAUACUACACCUACCAAUACUACACCUAUACUGCACCUAUAUUACACCAAUACUACACAUAUACUACACCUAUACUACACAAAGUAUACUGCAACUAUACUAUACCUAUUUUCACCUAUACCACACCUACCAAUACUACACCUAUACUACAGCUACCAAUACUACACCUAUACUACAGCUAUACUACACUUAUACUACACCAAUACUACACCUAUACUACACAUACAGCAUACUACACCUAUAUCCACCUAUACUACACAUACCUAUAUUGCACCUAUACUGCACCUACAUAUACUACACCUAUAUUCACCUAUACUACAUCUAUACUACACCUAUACUCCACCUAUAUUCACCUAUACUACAUCUACACUACACCUAUACUCCACAUACCUAUACUACACCUACCUAUACUACACCUAUAUUACACCUAUACUACACAUACAGUGAGGGAAAAAAGUAUUUGAUCCCCUGCUGAUUUUGUAUGUUUGCCCACUGACAAAGAAAUUAUCAGUCUAUAAUUUUAAUUGUAGGUUUAUUUGAAAAGUGAGAGACAGAAUAACAACAACAAAAUCCAUAAAAACGCAUGUCAAAAAUGUUAUAAAUUGAUUCGCAUUUUAAUGAGGGAAAUAAGUAUUUGACCCCCUCUCAAUCAGAAAGAUUUCUGGCUCCCAGGUGUCUUUUAUACAGGUAACGAGCUGAGAUUAGGAGCAUACUCUUAAAGGGAGUGCUCAUAAUCUCAGCUUGUUACCUGUAUAAAAGACACCUGUCCACAGAAGCAAUCAAUCAAUCAGAUUCCAAACUCUCCACCAUGGCCAAGACCAAAGAGCUCUCCAGGGAUGUCAGGGACAAGAUUGUAGACCUACACAAGGCUGGAAUGGGCUACAAGACUAUCGCCAAGCAGCUUGGUGAGAAGGUGACAACAGUUGGUGCGAUUAUUCGCAAAUGGAAGAAACACAAAAUAACUAUCAAUCUCCCUCGGCCUGGGGCUCCAUGCAAGAUCUCACCUCGUGGAGUUGCAAUGAUCAUGAGAACGGUGAGGAAUCAGCCCAGAACUACACGGGAGGAUCUUGUCAAUGAUCUCAAGGCAGCUGGGACCAUAGUCACCAAGAAAACAAUUGGUAACACACUACGCUGUGAAGGACUGAAAUCCUGCAGCGCCCGCAAGGUCCCCCUGCUCAAGAAAGCACAUAUACAGGCCCGUCUGAAGUUUGCCAACAAACAUCUGAAUGAUUCAGAGGAGAACUGGGUGAAAGUGUUGUGGUCAGAUGAGACCAAAAUCGAGCUCUUUGGCAUCAACUCAACUCGCUGUGUUUGGAGGAGGAGGAAUGCUGCCUAUGACCCCAAGAACACCAUCCCCACCAUCAAACAUGGAGGUGGAAACAUUAUGCUUUUGGGGUGUUUUUCUGCUAAGGGGACAGGACAACUUCACUGCAUCAAAGGGACGAUGGACGGCGCCAUGUACCGUCAAAUCUUGGGUGAGAACCUCCUUCCCUCAGCCAGGGCAUUGAAAAUGGGUCGUGGAUGGGUAUUCCAGCAUGACAAUGACCCAAAACACACGGCCAAGGCAACAAAGGAGUGGUUCAAGAAGAAGCACAUUAAGGUCCUGGAGUGGCCUAGCCAGUCUCCAGACCUUAAUCCCAUAGGAAAUCUGUGGAGGGAGCUGAAGGUUCGAGUUGCCAAACGUCAGCCUUGAAACCUUAAUGACUUGGAGAAGAUCUGCAAAGAGGAGUGGAACAAAAUCCCUCCUGAGAUGUGUGCAAACCUGGUGGCCAACUACAAGAAACGUCUGACCUCUGUGAUUGCCAACGUUUUGCCACCAAGUACUAAGUCAUGUUUUACAGAGGGGUCAAAUACUUAUUUCCCUCAUUAAAAUGCAAAUCAAUUUAUAACAUUUUUGACAUGCGUUUUUCUGGAUUUCUUUGUUGUUAUUCUGUCUCUCACUGUUCAAAUAAACCUAUCAUUAAAAUUAUAGACUGAUCAUGUCUUUGUCAGUGGGCAAACGUACAAAAUCAGCAGGGGAUCAAAUACUUUUUUCCCUCACUGUAUACUACACCAAUACUACACAUAUAUUACACCUAUAUUACACCUAUACUACAUCAAUACUACACCUACCUAUACACUCCUAUACUACAUCUAUACUACAUCUAUACUACACCUAUACUACUCCUAUACUACACCUACCCAUACUACACUUAUACCACACCUAUACUGCACCUACCUAUACUACACCCAUGUUACACCUACCUAUUCUACACCUAUACUACACCUAUACUACACCUAAUCUCUAUUAUAUUGUCUACUGUAUGUCUGUCUCCACCUCUGCCUUUAGUUCUUGCGAUCUCUCUCUCUCUCACUCUUUCUAUUUCAAUAUCUCUCUUCUACUUUGAAACACCAUUACCACUGAACGGAAAUCUUCCUGCUAUCUCCAUCUCUCCAGCUUUUUAAUGAAAGUUAUUUCAAAUGAGGACAAUUCUAUUGUCUCGUCAGUUCAUCAAUGAUUUCCCCUGUGAAAGUGAUGGAGAGUGGUAGUGCCGUGCAGACAGCACACCAACACCCCUCAUCUCAUUCCAUUGUUUUAGCAGAAUGGAAGUCAGCAAUGGUUGAACGCUGUGAGCCCAGCAUGGAAUCAAUUUUGAAACGUUAGGGAGUGUUUAAUUCCAGGUGUGUGAAUGUGUGUGUGUGUGUGUGUCUCUGCCGCACUCCGUUCUGUUGAAUUGUAUCUGAUUAAAUAGUAGCGGGAGCUGAGAGAGGGGGGUGACAGAUAGAAAGGGGCUGAGAGAGGGGGGUGACAGAUAGAAAGGGGCUGAGAUAUGGGGUGAUGGAUAGAAAGGGGCUGAGAGGGGGGGACAGAUAGAAAGGGGCUGAGAUAUGGGGUGAUGGAUAGAAAGGGGCUGAGAGGGGGGGACAGAUAGAAAGGGGCUGAGAGAGCGGGUGACAGAUUGAGAGAGGGAGGUGACAGAUAGAAAGAGGAUGAGAGAGGUGGGUGACAGAUUGAAAGAGGCUGAGAGGGGGGGGUGACAGAUAGAAAGGGGCUGAGAGAGUGGGGUGACAAUAGAAAUGGGCUGAAAGAGGGGGGUGAAAGAUUGAGAGAGGGGGGUGACAGAUAGAAAGGGUCUGAGAGACGGGGUGACAGAUAGAAAGAGGCUGAGGGGGUGUAACAGAUAGAAAGGGGCUGAGAGAGGGGGUGACAGAUAGAAAGAGGCUGAGAGAGGGGGGUGACAGAUAGAAAGGCUGAGGGGGGGUGACAGAUAGGAAGGGGCUGAGAGAGGGGGGUGACAAAUAGAAAGCGGCUGAGAGAGUGGGGUGACAAAUAGAAAAGCUGAGAGAGGGGGGUGACAUAUAGAAAGGCUGAGAGAGGGGGGUGACAGAUAGAAAGGGGCUGAGAGAGGGGGGUGACAGAAAGAGGAUGAGAGAAGGGGUGACAAAUAGAAAGGGGCUGAGAGAGGGGGGUGACAGAUAGAAAGGCUGAGAGAGGGGGGUGACAGAUAGAAAGGCUGAGAGAGGGGGGUGACAGAUAGAAAGGGGCUGAGAGAGGGGGGUGACAGAUAGAAAGGCUGAGGGGGGGGUGAAAGAUAGAAAGAGGCUGAGAGGGGAGGUGACAGAUAGAAAGGGGCUGGGGGGGUGACAGAUAGAAAGGGGCUGAGAGAGGGGGGGUGAAAGAUUGAGAGAGGGGGGUGACAGAUAGAAAGGGGCUGAGAGAGGGGGGUGACAUAUAGAAAGGGGCUGAAAGAGGGGGGUGACAGAUAGAAAGGGGCUGAGGGGGGAUGACAGAUAGAAAGGGGCUGGGGGGGUGACAGAUAGAAAGGCUGAGAGGGGGGGUGGGUGAAAGAUUGAGAGAGGAGGGUGACGAUAGAAAGGGGCUGAGAGUGGGGGGUGACAUAUAGAAAGGGGCUGAAAGAGUGGGGUGACAGAUAGAAAGGGGCUGAGGUGGUGGUGACAGAUAUAAAAGGGGCUGAGAGAGGGGGGUGACAGAUAGAAAGGGGCUGAGAGAGGGGGGGUGACAGAUAGAAAGGGGCUGAGAGAGUGGGUGACAAAUAGAAAGGGGCUGAAAGUGGUACUUUUCCUCUCUCCACCAGGGAAUAGGGAAUAUGUAACUUACAGGAGGUUGGUGGCACCUUAAUUGGGGAGGAUUGGCUCAUGGCUGGAGCGGAGUGAGUGGAAUGGUAUCAAACACAUGGUUUCUAUGUGUUUGAUGCCAUUCCAUUGACUCCUUUCCAGGCAUUAUUAUGAACCGUUCUCCCCUCACCAGCCUCCACUGAUAUAGUGUUAAUUUUGUCUUUCUUUUCAAGUGAUCUCUUCUCCUUGUUUUUUUCACUCUCAUUUCUUCUCUUCUCCUCGUUUCUAUCCUCUCCUCACCUCUCCUCUCUCUUCAUAUCUCUCACUUCAUUCUCUCUCCAUACCUCUCUCCUCUCCUCUCUCCCUCUCUCCUCCUCCUCUCUCCUCUCUCCUCUCUCCUCUCUCCUCUCUCCUCUCUCCCUCUCUCCUCUCUCACUCUCACCUCUCCUCUCUCCCUCUACCCUCUCCUCUCUCACCUCUCCUCUCUCCUCUCCUCUCCUCUCUCUCUCUCUCCUCUCCUCUCUCCCUCUCUCCUCUCCUCUCUCCUCUCCUCUCACCCUCUCACCUCUCCUCUCUCCCUCUCUCUUCUCCUCUCUCCCCUCUCCUCUCUCCUCUCUCCCUCUCCCCUCUCCUCUCCCCCUCUCCCUCUCCUCUCUCCCUCUCUCCCUCUCUCUCUCCUCUCUCCUCUCCUCCUCCUCUCCUCUCCUCUCUCCUCUCGUCUCCUCUCCUCUCCUCUCCUCUCCUCUCCUCUCCUCUCCUCUCCUCUCCUCUCCUCUCCUCUCCUCUCCUCUCCUCCUUCCUCUCCUCUCCUCUCCUCUCCUCUCCUCUCCUCUCCUCUCCUCUCCUCCUCCUCUCCUCUCCUCUCCUCUCUCCCCUCUCCUCUCCUCUCCCCUCUCUCCUCUCCCUCUCCUCUCUCCCUCCUCUUCUCUCCUCUCUCCCUCUCUCCUCUCACCUCUCCUCUCUCCCCUUCUCUCCUCUCUCCCUCUCUCCUCUCCUCUUUCCUCUCCUCCCUCUUCCUCUCCUCUCCCCCUCUCUCUCCUCUCCUCUCUCCGUCCUCUCUCUCCUCUCUCCUCUCCUCUCUCCUCUCCUCUCUCCUCUCCUCUCCUCUCUCCUCUCUCCCUCUCUCCUCUAUUUUCUCUAUCUCUCCAGGGUCAGCAGGGUGAGAGAGGGGCAGCAGGACCACCAGGUGUGAAGGGUGAAACGGUGAGUGACAUUUCUCCUCAUCAAUACAUGAUAGAUAAAGUUUAAUUAGAUGUAUUUUUACUUUAAUUUCUACAUCUUUAUGGUCUCUAUUAGGGCCCUCCAGGAACUAAUGGAUACCCAGGUUCUAUGGGACUACCUGGACUUCCUGUAAGACACAACAACUUGUUUCAUCACGUUUACAUGAAUGAACAUAUUGGGAACAUUUUGGCUGCUUUGCUGAUUGGUUGAAAGAUGGAUGGAUUGAUGGAUGGAUAGAUGGAUGGAUGGAUUUUGACUGACUGAUUGAUUUAUUGAUUGAUUGAUUGACAGGGCCUGAAGGGCGAGCGGGGUACCCCAGGCGCUGCAGGAACAAAGGGAGAAUCGGUAAUCCAUAACAAACACAGUUGUCAUAUAUUGAACAUUGAUGUUUUUUCACCUCAUUUGGAUAGUCUAAGAAACAUAUGGCAUUUUAACAGAAUAGCUGUAGCAGUUAACAUGUCAUAUAGUCAGUUGAUAACUAUGAAUCUGUUGGGUACUAUUUCAUUACUACAGUGACUGUGAUAUAGUGAGUGUGAGACAGUGAGUGUGACAUAGUGAGUGUGAGACAGUGAGUGUGAGACAGUGAGUGUGAGACAGUGAGUGUGAGUGUGAGACAGUGAGUGUGACAUAGUGAGUGUGAGACAGUGAGUGUGAGACAGUUAGUCUGAGACAGUAACUGUGAUAUAGUGAGUGUGGACAGUGAGUGUGAGACAGUGAGUGUGAGACAGUGAGUGUGAGACAGAGAGUGUGGGACAGUGAGUGUGUGACAGUGAGUGUAAGACAGUGAGAUUGAGACAGUGAGUGUUAGACAGUGAGUGUGAUAUAGUGAGUGUGAGACAGUGAGUGUGAGACAGUGAGUGUGAGACAGUGAGUGUGAGACAGAGAGUGUGGGACAGUGAGGUGGUAAAGCAGUGAGAUUGAGACAGUGAGUGUUAGACAGUGAGUGUGAUAUAGUGAGUGUGAAACAGUGAGUGUGAGACAGUGAGUGUGAGACAGUGAGUGUGAGACAGAGAGUGUGGGACAGUGAGUGUGUGACAGUGAGUGUAAGACAGUGAGAUUGAGACAGUGAGUGUUAGACAGUGAGUGUGGUAUAGUGAGAGUGUGACAGUGAGUGUAAGACAGUGAGUAUAAACAGUGAGUGUGAGACAGUGAGUGUAAGACAGUGAGUGUAAGAUAGUGAGUGUGAGAUAAUGAGAGUGAGACAGUGAGUGUGAGAUAGUGAGAGUGAGACAGUGAGUGUUAGAUAGUGAGUGUGACAUAGUGAGUGUGAGAUAGUGAGUGUGAGAUAGUGAGAGUGAGACAGUGAGUGUUAGAUAGUGAGUGUGACAUAGUGAGUGUGAGAUAGUGAGUGUGAGACAGUGAGUGUGAGAUAGUGAGUGUGAGAUAGUGACUUAUCCCCAUUCUCUCUCCUACAGGGUCCACCAGGCAACCCAGGAUACCAGGGACAGGCUGGAGUAGCGGUCUGUAACCUCAUCCCCUCAUCCCCUCAUCUUUAUCCCUUGUCCCUAUAACCUAUCAUCCAUAACCUCAUCCCUACAUCUUUAUCCCUUGUCCCUAUAACCUAUCAUCCAUAACCUCAUCCCUACAUCUUUAUCCCUUGUCCCUAUAACCUAUCAUCCAUAACCUCAUCCCUACAUCUUUAUCCCUUGUCCCUAUAACCUAUCAUCCAUAACAUCAUCUAUAUCCUGCGUCUUUAGGACUAAAAAGCAUAAUCUUGUACUCUAGGGAAUAUUCUGGUUUGUGUUUCAAGGUUGUGGUUCAAGUCUUUGUUCAUUUUAAAGUAAUGCUCUCUGUUUGUCCACAGGGACCCAAAGGAGAGGCUGGACUGGCAGGUCCCAUUGGACCAAAGGGAGAUCAGGUAUCAAACAAUGAAAUAUGCAUUCUAAAUAUACAGUACAUUCCAAAUGCUGUGUUCAAACACACACACACACACACACACACACACACACACACACACACACACACACACACAGACUGAUGUAUUCUCUCGCCAUUUGUAGGGCUCCCAAGGGCAACCAGGCUUCCCAGGAACAUCGGUAAGUGAAACAGUCAUCUUUAUGGCUCUCUUAGUUAAAUAUCUAUUGGCAUGUGAUGUACCCCAUCACUUACCUCUUGAUACUAAAUGUUAACUUUGUAGGGCCCCCCUGGUCCCCCUGGGAAACAAGGAAGAGAAGGAUCACCUGGACCCAAGGCUGACAAGGUAGAGCAGCUUAUCAUAAUAGUUUUUCCUAUUUCUGUUUCUACUUAAUAGUGAGGAUAAUGUUAAUUUCUCUCUCUCUCUCUCUCUCUCUCUCUCUCUCUCUCUCUCUCUCUCUCUCUCUCUCUCUCUCUCUCUCUCUCUCUCUCUCUCUCUCUCUCUCUCUCUCUCUCUCUGUCUCUGUGUCUCACUCUCUCACUGUGUCUCUCUCCCUCUCUCUGUGUGUGUCUCUCUUUCUCUCUCUCUCUCUGUCUCUCUCUCUCUCUCUCUCUGUCUCUGUCUCUCUCUCUCUCUGUCACUGUGUCUCUCUCUCUCAGGGUAAUGAUGGAGCACAAGGUCCACAGGGCCCGUCUGGACCUCCAGGUUCUCCUGGGUCUCCUGGCUUGCAGGUGAGUGUGUCUGUGUGUCUGUUUGCAUUAUCACGAGAUAUAUAUAUAUUUUGCAAUUUCAUGGAAUAUGAGUUUUAAAGAAUGCUCUCACCUCACUGCCUUCCUUCCUGUGUGUGUCCAAAGGGACCUCCUGGAUUUGAGGGAUUGGACGGUAAAGAUGGGAAACCAGGGAUGAGGGUAAGAGAAGAUUCAGACAUACUACAUGGUACUGUAGAUACUAUUGUUAGUCUAUGGAAGGAGUAAAGUAGGAUUUCUUGAAUUGACCCCCCCCCCCCCCCCCCCCCCCCCCCCCUCUCCAUCUCUCUCUCUGGCUCUCUCAGGGAGAGCCAGGGCUUCCAGGGGCGGCAGGACACAAAGGAAUGCCGGUAAGUGCCUUUUGACCUUUACAUGACUUCACUUAUGUGACAUCACUGGCUUGUCAUCAGUGUGUGAAUCAUCACAUUCACCUUGAGCCCAAAUGGAGCAGGUGAAUUGUAUCGGUCAAAACAUCACCCACUGAUGUCACCCAAGAGCUCACCUCACAUACCAUUAUAUGCACGUAUGUCACAGAGCUUACUGUACGUGCCAAUCAGCUGCCCAUGUUUCCCUACAAAGAGUUCAAGGGCCAUACCAGCACUCCUAGUCUGAGAUGCUUUAUGAAAAUGGGCCCAGAAUAAUUGGGUUUUAACUGAGUUAUUGACACAGCUGCUCUGCACAAUGUUUACUGUUUGGUAUGCUAAAUAUACCUUAUUGUUUUCACACAGUUCAAAACAAUGAAGAAAGGAAAGAGAGCUUAUUGUGUCAAUUACGCUACUUUCUGUCUAUGUCAGUGUUUCUGUGUGUGGCCUUUGAGCGUUCAGGUGUUCAAAUCAGUGUGAGAUUUCAAAGUGAUAUGUUUUGAAAGCUGCGUGUUUUGAGAUGUGAUGUGUGUCAUGUUUAUGUUUGAUCCCUCUGCUCUCAGGGUUUCAAAGGGAAGCAUGGACAUGUUGGCUUCCCUGGACAGAAGGUGAGUCAACCACACACGUGCGCACACACACACACAAAUGCGCACGCGCGUACACACACACACACACACUACUCUCUUCAGUUUGUCUGUCAGAUGCCUGCUACCAUAUAGAACACUGAUACAGAUUAUGAGCACAUUGUUAUGGAUAUUGGAUACUCACCGCUCUCCCUCCAUCUUCCUCCUCUCUUCAGGGUGAUGCUGGACCUGUUGGCCCACCAGGGCCAGCUGGUAGACCAGGACUUG